ACCAUUGCAUUUAUAUUGCAAGUCUUCUCAAUUGGUUGACUUUUUUUUUCCCUUCUUUUCGGAUGUCUAAAUUGUGACACAAUGACAUCAAUCAAUGAGAGCUUUGAGCUCAACCGCUCACCCAGCACUAGAACCAACGAUAAUGUCAUAGAUAGGGCAAGCUUCGAAAUGGACUCUCCAGAUCAGCAGUCCAAUACAGAAAUUGAGCAGCCGGCUCUUCCUGAAGCAGACGGAGGGAAAUCUGCUUGGCUGAUGCUUGUUGGUUGUUCAAUAAUUCAAUUGCCAAUAUGGGGAUUUUCCAUCACAUUUGGUGUCUUUCAAGAGUAUUACGCUACUCAUGAUGAUUUUCGCGGGAAUAAAUCAAGCAUUGCUGUGAUUGGUACUACAGCAACUGGUCUGCUAUAUCUACUAUCUCCAUUCACGUUCACCCUUCUGUCCCGCUACCCUUGGCUCCGUCGUCACUGUGGGCCAUUGGGACUGUUCGUUACGACGGCUAGCUUUCUGCUUUCAUCUUUUGCAACAGAGCUUUGGCAAUUGAUUGCAACACAGGGUGUUAUGAACGCCGUUGGCAGCGCCAUGCUCUUUACCACUCCAACACUCUAUCUUGACGAAUGGUUUGUCAGAAGAAAGGGUCUGGCGUAUGGUGUUAUGGGGAGUGCUAAAAGUGCAGUGGGAUUUGCAUUGCCAUUGGCAGUCAAUGCUUCCCUGAAUCGAUUUGGGUUGCAGAAGACCCUGUGGGCGUGGUGUGUAGGGCUCGUGGCUGUGACGAGCCCACUUCUUUUUGUCAUCAAACCUCGACUUCCACUAUCGCCAAACUCGGCACCAAGGAGCCUGAACUUGAACUUUAUGAGAAUGUCAUCAUUCUGGGCCCUGCAGAUUGGCAAUCUGCUUCAGAGUCUUGGCUAUUUCCUGCCGUCAACUUACCUGUCCUCGUAUUCUAACGCUAUAGGCCUCUCUACGACGAUUGGCACGGUCGAGAUUGCCGUGCUGAACGGCACUUCGGUGUUUGGGAGCUCCCUGAUCGGGCUUCUUUGCGACAGUUUCCAGGUCACAAACGUCAUUCUAAUCAGCACAGCUGGGUCGGCCAUUGCCGUGUUUCUAUUCUGGGGUCUUUCGUCACAAGUGUCCUUGCUGACCAUUUUUGCAAUUACGUUUGGCUUCUUUGCCGGUGGAUUUAGCUCGACCUGGUCGGGGGCUGUGGGUGCUCUCAAACAAGAGGAGCCGGCUCUCGACACGGGAUUUGUUUAUGGCCUCUUUACCGGCACUCGGGGAAUUGGUAACGUGAUUAGUGGACCGUUGAGUGUAGCCAUGUUGAACAGCCAGGCUGUCACUCGUGGUCCGAAUAGGGGCUACAAUACGCAGUAUGGUCCAAUCAUUCUAUUUUCGGGAGUAACUGCACUACUGGGCAGCUGGAGCUGGAUCUGGCACAAUGCCAAAUUGCUACACGCAAGACUGGCAUGAUACCGUCGGAUAGAGAUGAGUUUUGCACAAUGUUACCUCCAUGGGAAAAAAAGAAACAGGUUCACUAGGAGGAUUGGGAUAUACUGUAUAUUUUUGACUGACUACUUACCUUGAAAUUGAUACAAAGCUGAGGACGUAAAUUAGCCGCGUC